GAGCAGCUACGGGACAAAAAGAACACGAUCAUCGCAAUCACUCAGGAGCUGCAGGGAUGUGGAUGGAAACGGAAUCUAAAGCGGAGGGGGUGAGACGGGGUCGAGCCAGCGUCGCUCUGAGGGCAUUGAACGGUCUAAGGUUGUGUACAGGAGACAUGGAGGUCAUGGAUACAUACAUGCAGGACAGAUUUUAUGUGGUGCAGCUGGUGAUGUGGGGCCUCAGAGGAGUGAGCAGGGUCAUUCUGGCCAACAACCCGCUGAGCGGUGCUCUCAUUAUGGCUGCGCUGUGCUGGGAGUCCUGCUGGAAGGCCCUGCUGGGAGCUUUGGGUUUACUGGCCUCCACUUUAACUGCUGUUGUCAUGGGACAGGACAGUGGUGAAGUGUCUGGAGGUUUUCACGGAUUCAAUGGCAUGUUGGUGUCUCUGCUGAUGGGACAGUUGAGCUCGGCUGGAGACUGGUACUGGUGGCUGCUGCUGCCUGCCUGCAUGGGCUCAGCCUCAAGUGUGUUUCUCUACAGUGCUCUGUCCUCAGUGUUUAAACGCUGGGACCUGCCGGUCUCUGUGUUUCCCUUCAACACCGUCAUCAUGCUCUACCUGCUUUGCACUGGCCCAGAUAACCCCUAUUUCCCCCACCACACAGCGAUGCCACCAGGGGCCCCGGAGCCCAAUGGCACCAAACUCAUUGCCAUCGAGGUGAUACGCGGCAUCCCUCUGGGUGUGGGUCAGAUCUACACGUGUGGAGCUCUGGGGCCCUCCCUCCUUAUUCUGGCUGCUGUCCUGCUCUACUCCCCUCUGUUGACUGUGCAUGCGCUGUUGGGAUCAGCAGUUGGAACGCUGGCUGGUUUGUCGGUGGCUGUGAAUCAUCACUUCCUGUACUCGGGCCUGUCUGGGUUUAAUGGAUCUCUGGGCUGCAUGGCUGUGGGAGGCCUCUUCUUCACAUUCAGCUGGAGGAUCCACCUCUUAUCUAUUGCCAGUGCCUUCCUCUCUGCAUAUGCUGACAUCGCUCUGGGCAAUCUGCUGGGAACCGUAGGUGGGUCUCCCAGCAAGCAGCUGGGCAUCUACUUUGUUAAGCACACUGAUGCUGCUGUUGACUGGUAGCUUGGCAACCUACCGUAUCCCUACCGGUCAAGUCAUGGCCCCAGAACACAACCUGUGCUCUCACAGCCAAUGGGAAGCUGGGAACCCAGCAGCCACUGACAUACAGCUCUAGAUCUCACACUCUGAACAUCCUUUGAAUCAUAUGCUUUGUACUUCACAACCGCCAUUAUUAUUAGCAGUGAACACUGAAUUGCAUCAGCAUAACAUUUUAUAUAUAUAUAUUUGAAGGUUUGAACCUAUAAUGUAAUGGAACCUGCCAGCUAAAUGAUCAAUAAGGAAUCAUUUGUCAUUUGUCUAUUUGGUUUACAUUUUCUUAUUAUAAUAGUAUGUAUCUAUAGCAUAUCAUAGGAGAAUUAAAAAGAAAAUUCCAGAACAGCAGUUGAAGCCUUACUCUAUUUUACCCACAAGGUGGCAGUAAGCGAUUGAAAAUGUUGCACACAAGGAACCGUUUCUGAUUUUUAGAAAAGAGUUUUAAAAUGUGCCUAAUAACCUGUUAUAUAGACAUUGUAUUUGUUUUCAGAUUUGUUGGUCCCACCCACCAAAAAAAAAAAAAAAACAGCCAGCUUAAAGGGAAAGAAAACAUCUUUUAAUUAGCAUGAAAUCAAUUAGUCAGUUCAUUAAAACCAGUUUUCUUAUAAAUUACAGUUUUACUUUCAUCAGUAAAACAUAAAAACACAGACUGAAGUUUUAAGGAAUUA